AUACAUAUGACCAUGAUGUCCAAUUCCCCCACCACGGGAUUAGCGUUCCUUUUAGUAAUUGGAUAUCUUGGAAUCGUUGUAGCGGCGCCACCGACGGUGAACGACCUGCCUCGCAACAUUUACGUCGGCAAUCUGGAGACCCAGGAGCGGUACCUGUACACUCUCAACGUAACCGACCCCGACGCGGACGCCUUCGCCUGUUCCCACACCAUCACGUAUAACGACUCCAUCAGCACAAACAGAGAGUUUGUUCUGCGAGAGGAUACCACUACCAAAGAAUGGAAGUUUUAUAUUCGGGCGGGCGCUCUGCCAAGCCCAGACAACACAAAACCCUACAUCAACACCAUAGAAUGCACGGACUCGAACUCCGGUAGUAGUGGAAGGUACAACAUUACCGUCCGUGCGGUGCAUGACGAGUUACUUACCCUGCCGAACAUUGCUGGUACUGCAAACGCCUUAAAGAUCGACGCCAUUUCAACGCUAAAAGGCAAAACGCUCAAGACGGCGAGCGCAAACAGUCGUGGGGGAAAUUUAGUGGAAUAUAGCCUUGUCAGCGAUCCCUCCUUUUCACCAGAAUUCUUCACAAUCGAUUCAAGUAAUGGGGUCAUCAAGGCCAACAGGGACUUCAAGUAUCUGGACUCGAGAUACCCCACAGUUUACCUGACGAUCAAGGCACACGACACUGUGGACUCAAUAGACGUCUACGAAACACAGAUCGUCCAACUCACAAACCAGAACACCGUGCCUCGGAUCGUCAACCUUGAUCCUGGCCUGGCGGACUCCCAGCUCGAGUCGCUGGCCCUAGGGUCCGUCCUAAUGACCUUGACAACCGAGGACCCGGACGCUUCGACGACUCUCACAUACGCCUUCUCCUGUGUACCUCCAGACGGCAAGAACACGUUCACCAUCGACACCAACGGCAACGUGAAGCUCGCUCAGGCGCUAGAUUACGAGACCGUGAAGACGUACACGUGUGGGUUUAACGUCAGCGACGGCACGGCCACGGGAGGUCCGUUCAUGUACACGUUGACGGUGCAGGACGCCAAUGAGGCCCCCUACUUCUCUGACACCAUGUACUACGCGACGACGUCGGAAGGCGCCGCCGGAAGUGUGUCCUUUGACCCGAGUUUCUCGUGCUCAGACCAGGACGUUACGGAUGUAUCGAAACUGACGUACGCGUUCAAGGCAGCGAAUAACAGCAACAGGUUUGCCAUCAACACCGCCGGUGUCAUGACAUUUAAGGAAAACUAUGACGUCGAUAAGAACGCUAUGCCUUCAAGCGUCGUGUUGACGGUGUUCUGCGUCGACGCAGGAGGAACCACUGGCGUCAAGAAAACCGGGUCUACACAGGUCACCAUCACGAUUGCAGAUAACAACGACAACACGCCUACGUUCUCCUCGACGGCGUACACGUUUGACGUCACCUGCAACGUCGCUGGAUCACAGAUAGGUUCCCUGCUAGUGACGGACGCGGAUAGCGGAACCAAUGCGGACGUGUCCUGUUCCGGCGCAUCCGGUUCGUCCUCAUCCGCCUACUACACAAUCGGCGCAGACUGCAACAUCUACUUGUCAAAGUCGCCAGACUUCGCAACCGGAACCACCGUAACGUACGUCGCCACAGCCGUUGACAAGGGAGCCCCGGCUCGCACGGGCACGUCAACGAUCAACGUGAUCUUCUCGGGUUGUACGACAACCACAUCCACUACGACCACGACAGUGGCAACGACGACGGCGUACAAUUUCUUCGACCACAGCGAGAACAUCGCGCUGUUCGUGAUGUCCCUUCUUAUGGGCCUGGCACUACUCGGCGGGCUGCUCUACUGCUGUCUGCGCAUGUGCUGCGGCGUGUGCGGCGGCAGCGGCGGCGGCAUGAGCAACAUGUGCGACUGUCGGCAGUACGGGCGACAGCAGAGACGGGCUAGAUACCCUCCAAGACAGGUCACCCCCGAUGAGGAAGUACCGCCCCCCGUCCCCUCGCCAGCCGACUCCGCCCCCUAAGAUCAUAGAGCGCCAGCCGCAGUACAUCCGGACAGUGGCGAGACCCAUCUCGUAUGGCCAGUUACAACCUAUGCAAAGUAUGCGGUUAGUGCGUACACAACCUCUACCCCCGGGCUACUUUCCUUGACCCCGGGGAUGCCUUCACUGAACAACUUCAUUUGGGACUACUUUUUCACUCCCGGUGGCGGGGGUUACAUGCGACCACAACCAAUACUGCCCGGCUACUUUCCUUAACCAUGUGUCACGUGAUCGGAUAACCUGAAUGCCACGUGAUGGGAAUACAAACGUGCGAUAUGAACUCACGUUUUAAAUAAGACCAGACGUUUAGGCGUAAUACAGACCGUUGUGUGGUGUGUUUGUUAUGUUUGAUAACAGUUUUGUAAAAUUGUACAUAAUUCUAUUAUAAAUAAUGAAAUGUUUCAAAAUUUAUGUUGUUUCAGUGAAUAUAUUCGUAAACAUGAA